AUGGGAGAAUUGCAAGACAUGUUCAAGAAGUUCAUGGGGCAACAAAUGCAAACCAAUCAGAAUCUUCAAAAUGCAGUGAACAAACUAGAAGUGCAAGUUGGGCAGAUUGCAGCCUCCAUGAGCAAUAGAGCAUCCGGAACUUUUCCGAGCCAAACGGAGGUCAAUCCAAGGCAUCAUGAGCAAGUUAAAGCAGUGCACAUCUUGAGAAGUGGUAAACAAGUUGAUAAUAAGGUUGGAGAUGCCCAUGAAGAGCAAGGAGAGGGAGAAAAUGUGGAGAUCAUUCAGCCACCACAAGGGCAGCCCACAGAUUCCACCAAACAACCCCUCAAUUCUCUUGGAAAGAGCACAGGCCCUAAGGUAUCAUCUAAUGCUAAUCAAGUUCCAAUUUCAUCUAAUGCUUUUAGGCCUAUUGCACCCUUUCCCAGCAGGUUAUCAAAGUCAAAGAAAGAUCAAGGCUUGGAUGAGAUAAUGGAAAUAUUCAAGAAAGUGCAAAUCAACAUCCCAUUGCUCAGUGCCAUUGCUCAGAUUCCAAAGUAUGCAAAAUUUUUGAAGGAUCUAUGCACUAACAAGAGGAGAUUCAAAGAGCAUGAACAGGUUGCAUUAAGUGAAGAGGUUAGUGCAGUCUUACAAAGAAAGCUACCUCCAAAGCUAAAGGAUCCAGGUUCAUUUUCUAUACCUUGCAUUGUUGGUGAUUUUAAGUUUCAAAAAGCUUUGCUUGAUCUUGGUGCAUCCAUUAACCUUAUGCCAUAUCAUGUUUAUGAGAAACUUAACCUUGGUGAGUUGCAAGCCACAUCUGUGAGCAUUCAAUUGGCAGAUAGAACUAUCAGGUACCCUAGGGGCAAUCUAGAAGAUGUUUUGGUGAAAGUAGAAGAGCUGAUUUUGCCAGCUGAUUUCGGAUGA